GCCACGCCGCCAGCGGCAACUGCCCACCCCCGUCACCCCACCGCCAUGGCCACCGCGACGACGACCCCGCUGAAUGGAAAUGGAAGCCGGCCAGCGAAGAUCAACCGUCCUCGGAAUCCGAAUUCCAAAUCCCGGCGCGCUUCGCGUUCGCGAAGGCCCUGCGACGUCAAUGCCCUUCGCAUUCGUGCCCUCACUGGCACCACCGCACUCGGACGCCAUAUGGCGACGCGGCGGACAAGCGACUUGGUACUUAUUUACAUACAUCGCGCGGGCUUUGCACGGCGGAACCGCGCUUCGUGCUUGGCUCUUGGCUUGCUCGAUGCUUUUGCGCCAUGGUCACCGGUCGCACAUGUGCCGGCGAGGGAAGGCGCGCCUCGUGCAACGUCAAAGAGUCUCCCGGGCGCGGAGAGCGGGUGACGAUGCGCCGUCCGGGCUGAAUGGGCGGGGAUACGCACUCGCUUGCUCCGCUGCAAAUCAUGCCUCGUGUGCACGCAGUAUCUGCUCGCUUCGCGCGCUCCGGGCUGUGUACGAGUCGACAGGUAACCGUAUUCCUCUACAUACAGGCAACCUGCCAUCCACUCGACUCAUUGCCUGCCACAUUGACACUCACCGCAUAUACCCAAUUGCCCUCCUCGGUUUCCGACGGAGCAUCGACGGCCGUCGCGUCCUCGACGGAGCUAUUGUCCCCUCCUCUCCAUACUGCCCCAGCCACUCCCCGGUCGCCCGCACGCCGAGUGAUCAUCUGCAAGUACCUCCGGCGACUAUUGACCCACGCCCAGGCCCAUGCGCCGCACACACUCUUCCCUGGUCUACAGGUACCGCCGCACUCUAGGCUCAACAUCAAGUACUCUGCACCCUCGAGUGGGCUGAGACAGCGUACGAGCGGGGCGAGACCGCUUCUGAUCCACGGAGCACGUUCCUGCAUUCCGAGGUCUAAUUUGCGUGCGUCUGGGCUGCCACACACUCCAGCUCACGCUACGCGUGCGUUCUCCAUUCAGUCGUGCGGUGGCGUCGACCCGACGACACGCCCAGUCGCCCGAGCUCCGAGUCCCGCCCCGGAUAUCAAACCCACUUCGCGACUCCGCGAUCUCGUCGAGUUCUGCUGCCAGCGCGCCCCGUCCACCACUGGCAGGCGUCAUCCUCCGAGCCCCUCCCUGACAGCGACACCAGUCCCGAGCGCGCCUCCUCCUCCGAGCCGCCUCGACUCGGUAUCUCCAGAGUCCAGCUCGCAGCAGGCAAAGGCGGGGCCACGCACACACCCGCCGCAUGUGCACGCCAGAUAGCCGUUGACAGCGCAUGCGGGUGCGGGCCGCCGGUGUCUAAACCCGCCAUAUAAGUCCCCGGCGCUCCCAUCCCAUCCCAGCCAUGCCCAAAACUGACAUCGAGCAGCGAUAGCUCGCAGGGGGUCGUGGCCAUCGCGGGACUGCGCACCCAUGACCGCUGUGUUGCUCA